AUGCCACCUGAUACGCUCGGCUGGCACUGGACGGAACGCUCAAAGCGCUGGCUUGGCGUUGUCCGGGGUAACCUGGUUCGCGUUUCAAACAUUGCCGCUGAACCCGGUUUAGCGGAAGCUGCGGCGUCCAGUACGAGCGUACCCGUUGCGAUUGCGUACCGAGCGAGAGAGCUCGCAGUGUUCCGCGUCGCUGAUGGGGAACUUUUGCAGCGGCUUCAUGUGAAGAAAGCGCUUGGAUUUGAGCGUUGCGAGUGCAUUCGCGGGGCGUUUCGUGCUCGUGGCCGCACUCAUGAUGCCCUGGUGCUGGUGUGCGCCGGUGAUCACGGACCUUGCGCAGCACAUGCGCUCAAAGCUGUGGAACUCUACUGGACGCAGACCGCACCGACCAGUCCACUGACGCUCCACGCUCGCACGCUGACGCUCACAUCAACUGAGACUGGCAGUGCCGACCACAAUCCCGUUGACUUGAGCAAGCAACUUGGGGCGGCUUUCAUGCCUCUGCUUUCAGACGAGAGCGUGGUGUCUACGGUGACCUAUUCGGAUACGACGACCACGCGCCCAGAAUUGAGCGACUGCAAUCGCGCGGCGGACCCACGCCCAGGUCCUUGCGGUGUUGUCUACGUUCAUCAGGUGCUCGUCGCAGUGUCUGGACAGCCGCCUGCAGUGCUGUCGCUCCGCAGUAGAGCCGCAUCGGCGCCCUUUGCUUUCGAAGAUGCUACGCUAGAGCAGAAUGAGGAAUUGGUCCAGGCUUGGCCGUGGGCCAGUCAACUAAACUGGCCCUUGCCUCGUGCUUGUCUGGUGUUGCAAUGCCCCUGUUCCGGAUGUCGACAUGAGGAGCGCAAGUCGUGCCGCCUAAAGACGGGACUAGUGAUCUACGAUCGCGUUGUCGGCAUACUCUGUUGGCGGCUGCGGAAACCAGAAGCUGCAGCAGGAGCAGCGAGCGACUUGCGCAGAGCACUGGACGUGCGGGUGCAGUUUCUUCGGUCGUUACCCACAUGGGUAGCGCUGCAGUCGACUUUCGCGGAUCUGAGGCUACCCGAGGACCUCCCCUGGUUGGUGCUCUCUCGCUACGAGCGUCGACCGUACCAGGGGCACUGCCCAGACCUCUCCAUGGACGAUGUGUUGCAUUGUGCGGGGCGCUUGUACUGGAGUCUCGGCGACUGUCGACUCGAGAUGCCAACUCGCCUUGAAAACGACGCUGAAAGCAGUGCGCUGGUGACGCUCCGUUGGUUUCAGCGCAAAGCUGGUGCACCUCAAGAGCUUUCGCUGGUGCCGCUCGAUGGUUGCGUGGAUUCCCUCCGUUAUCGAGAUCCACAGCAAAAACAACAACAAGAGAACACGCGACUUUGCGUACUGUAUGCGGAUGGUCGAUUGCUGCGACUAGCCGCUCAAUCGGACGGUCAUCCCGCUUCAUGGGCUUCAUUCCCAGCGGCGACGUCGACCGAAGCCUCCUGGUACCUGCUGGCGACCAGCUGGCUGAAACAGCUCCGUCCGCUGGAGGAGCCGCUCGGAUUCAUCAAUGAGCAACUCGUGUGGACAACUUUCGGACGGCUUCUGCGGGCCGCAACAGAGUCCGACGGGCGCGUGUCGGCUCUGACACCGCGGACGUACCCCCUAACACACGACCCAGCGGUUGUGGCCGCAGAGACGCAAUGGGAUGAAGCAUCCGAAACGAUUACGGCAGCAGUGGUUACAAGCGUCGCUGCUGAACGUCACCCAGCGUCGAGUCCGAGUCCGCUGACUGCGGCAUCGGCAGCAUACGUCCGAGCGCGCUGGUCUGUUGAGCGUGGCGCUUUUCUAGAACGUCUCCAAUACGGGUUUGUAAUGCAUCACGCGCUCUCAACCGAAGCGCUGGAGCAACAAGGGCGACCAACGCGCCUCUUUGCCCUCGAAAACGAAGCGCUACUGGUUGCGCUCUUGUCGAGCGAAUGGCCAAAUCGGUGGACCCGCGUGCUGGUGCUGCAUCACCGAUGGGAAGCUGGCUCGUCCGGUAGCGAGCCAGACUGGAGUGCUGCCUUCUGCAGCACGGAUAGCACCGUGGCGCUUCAUCAGUGGCUUUCCUGGGGAGAGGCAAUCCAGGUGUGCACCAAGCAGUUUGUGCUCUUGCAGUGGCAGAAGAAUCGAUGGACGCGUCUGUGCAUCCACCAGAGCGACUUGACGAACGACGCCUUCGCAACCGACGAUGCACGUCUCUUUGUUUUGGGUCAGGGACAUCGACUCUGCCUGUGGAUGCGCAGUGGAUCCUGCGCUCCCCUCUGGUAUCCCUACCUGAGUGUCGAGCUCGAUGCACCAGUGGCGACAAUUACCUUGGAUUUUCGUUUUUUGAAAGUCUCCCGUUGGUUACACGACGGAUGGUUGGUGUUUGCGCUCAAAUGGGCUGGGUUCUCGGAACUCUCCGUCGCACCGCCAGUUACCGCAGACUUGUUCUCUGGCCAAGCAUCGAGUCAGGAAGCGGGCGCCGGCGAAGCUCUGCUCCGUGCGGCGCCAGUGCGAAGCGCUCUGCGACGCACACUGAACCCGACUUUAUCACUUGAACUGCUUGGCCUGGGAAACGGUGCGUUGGUAGUGAACGGUGAGUGCUGUUUUCCUUUUGGGUUCACGGAAAUCCAGUUGCGUCCGUGCCCAGCGACACCCGCGACGGCAGCUUGCACUACCCCUGGCGGAGACGGCGACGCCUCCGUAUCACCAACGAUAUCGAUGGUGGAUCCCAGGUCAGUGGAACCUCCAAAUGAGGCGAUGACGCCGCUCUUGCUUCUGCUGGUAGAUGGUCAGCUCUGGCUGGGCGUCACGAGCGAACACUGUAGUCUGGGUGGCCAGGCAUCUGCACUGACCCUGUGGCCGGUGCUGUUUCCGAAUUCGCACCCAGUUCGGCUCGUAGACUGCCAGGCUGUGAUGCGUACCCCGACGGGCAUCAGGUGCUGCGACUGCAUUCGGAGAAACGACAUAGACAUCAGAAUCAGCACAGAUGAUGGCACUGAGCAACGAGGCGAGUGCGCUUGGCGUUUCUGUACGCAUACCCAGGAUGACCGCAUCGACGAUCUGGAUUACGAAAGCAACAGCGAGCAUCAUCACGUGCACUGGAGCGAGUGCGCUUGCAGCACUGCCCCAGAUGUCGGCUCAUCUGGAAGCAGGCAGCAUCAAGAGGGUAAUGAAGCAACCAGCAGCGCACUCCUGCAAAGCGGGCGUCAUCUCGCGCGCUUGUCGUUGUUGUGGCUCGACACCGACGGCAUCGUGCACUGGGGUCUCGUCGAGUGUGCACUGAACGGUUUACGAACGCACUGCAAGGCGGGGGAGCGACCCAUCACCGCACUCGAGUACGAUGCAUGUACAGACUCCAUAUGGACGCUUUUGGAUGGACGACCUGUGGCCUUGGUACCCGAUUCACUGAGACCCCGCGUUAUUCACGACGCGCGAGGAGUGCUAUCGAACGCCUUCGUGGACCUCUGUAUCCCUCCAGUGACACCGUCUGAGGCGUUCCCGGCGUCUGUGCGCGGCGAGGUGCUACGCGCUUUAGGCGACCGUCUCAUUGCGCUGCAGGAUACGAAUGAAAGCGUCUAUCUCGCGACGGCACGUUUGGAAGCGGGUGACGUGUGGCUACAGGCCUAUCCGCUUGAAACGGUCGGCGGGGAUACCACUUCAUCGAUCGGGCGGCUUCCCCGUGUUGGGCAGCGUCUGCGCCUCGGCACUUCCCUGGUACCGGGGACGGUGCUGCUCGUGAUCGAACGUCCGCGCAGCUUUGUGCUGGAGGCAUGGACAAGUCGCAGGGAUGCGUCCAGCACUUGGGCGAGUGAAUGGCGACCCGAACGCGUUGCACAAUGCACACUCUCCGGCGUUGAUACGUUUCGUCUGGAUCCCUGGAGCCGUCCACUGGUGUUAACGGAGAUCGCUGGCGAUGGAACACUCCUGCUUUCGGGUAUGUAUCCGGAUACCCCGAUGUCGAUCCCGUUUCGUCCGGGUCAACAUGUGGAACUGUGGCGACCGAACGCUUCCAACCAUGUUCAGUUGAUAGGUUGUUGUUCCCGGGUGCGAGUCUAUUUCGGUGCCUCGGGUCUCGUGACGGUGGACCACCGAACCACGUCUCCGGCGCCAAGGGAGCAGGUCGAAGGCGGUGCUCGUUCGCCUCAAGCCGCUAUUCCAGCUCGUUUCAGCACUGGUGCUGACGCUCGGGACAGCAGCAACUGCUCCUGCACCUCUUGCUGCAGCUGCAGCUGCUGCUAUCCGUGGCCGCAGGGAUACGUACCCUGUUUCUAUCAGCCACAAGUGUUGACUGCUGGUGUGGUGCUCUCUCGCUACCCAAACGGCCACCUGGUCUUUUCUGGUGCUGAAUCCCACUGGGCAACGUUUUCGGACGGUGCGUGUCUGGUAUGGUACCCUCGUCGGUUCAGCGCGGGCCCGUGUUAG